ACCAACGCCUCUACUAGGACCCCUUCUCACCCGCGCCGUCCCCAUCGCAAGGGCCCUCUCCAUCCGUCCCUCCCCUCCCACCCUUCUCCUCAAGGCUCCGCCCCAACAUACAAAACCCCGCCCCUCUUGCCUCGGCCCCACCCUGCCCCUUCUCUUGCCGGCCCCUCCCCUAUCGCAAAGGCCCCCGCCCCUCCGGCCGUGGCUUACCAGCCGCCCUCUUUUACUGGCUGCUGGGUGGGCACGGGACGGGUCGCCGAGGCGCCGGAAGGGCUCUGGUCAGGCUCUGGGAAGCUCCGAAGGCACACAGCAGCCGUGGCCGCUCAGAACUGAGACCGCUAGGCUCUUCCGCAGGCGAAGACACAAGAGUUUGUGUUGGAUGACUGCCUGCAACGUGAGGAAGGACGCUCGCUUGGAAAUCCCAGUAGAGAAGAGCUACCUGGGUCGGGUGGAGGCAAGAUGGGCCCCAGGGGCAGGCAGAGCCCCUCGUCCCCACUGGCCCCCUCCCAGGGGUCUUGCUUCUUCAUCCUCUUCUGUUUACGGUUAGGUGCCUCCUGCCCACAGUCAUGCCAGUGCCCCGACCAUGCCGGGGCCGUGGCUGUCCAUUGCAGCUCGAGAGGGCUGCAGGAGAUCCCAAGGGACAUCCCAGCCAACACGGUGCUUUUGAAACUAGAUGCCAACAGAAUCUCCCGAGUCCCCAAUGGAGCCUUCCAGCAUCUGCCCCAGCUGAGGGAGCUGGACCUGUCCCAUAAUGCCAUCGAGGCUAUUGGGCCAGCAGCCUUCUCAGGUCUGGCUGGGGGCCUGAGGCUUCUGGACUUAUCCCACAAUCGCAUCCGAAGAAUCCCAAAGGACGCGCUGGGCAAGUUGAGCGCCAAGAUCCGCCUGUCCCACAAUCCACUGCACUGUGAGUGUGCCCUGCAGGAGGCCCUGUGGGAACUGAAGCUGGACCCUGACUCCGUGGAUGAAAUUGCCUGCCACACCUCAGCACAGGAGCAGUUCGUGGGCAAACCUCUGAUCCAGGUCUUGGACUCGGGUGCCAGCUUCUGCAGCACCCACCGGAAGACCACCGACGUGGCCAUGCUGGUCACCAUGUUCGGCUGGUUCACCAUGGUGAUUGCCUAUGUAGUGUACUACGUACGCCACAACCAGGAGGAUGCCAGACGACACCUGGAGUACCUCAAGUCCCUGCCUAGUGCUCCAGUCUCCAAGGAGCCUCUCAGCCCUGUGCCCUAGCACCCGCCUCUGGUGGGCCGCUGAGCCUGGCUGCCCUGCUUUCUGCAGCCGGUGGAGGUGAUGGUGCUCUAGUGUCUCCAGGGAGGUGCACUGCAGCCGCAAAGCCCCAAAGGCACUUUCAUAGUUGGCGUUUGGUCCCUGCAGCCACUGCCUAACCCUAUAGCGGGGGUUGCCCAUCCUCUUGGGUGCGUAAAUGGAGGUUGCGAGAAAUGGAAAGUCUUGUCAGGGCUGGUUUUAGCAGGCACUUUAAACCCAGGAUGCCUGUGGUACGGGUCUGUGAGCCAUCUGAGCUGCCAACCUUUCUCACACGGAGCUGUGGGAAGUGAAUACUUGUGCACUUGAGGAUGGGGCCCCGGUGGGGAGGAUGGCGUCAGCAGUUUUGCCACUGGGGAAUGGCUAAAUCUGUUUACCCUUGCCCUCCUAGGACAUCUGAACAAAGAUGUCGCCCCUUUCCCAUAGCAAAGUACCGGCAAUCUAGACCUUUCCAGAGAGGUUAUAGCCUGCACCGGCCUGCACUGGCCUGCGCUGACCUUUGUUCUGGGAGUUCUUUAGUUGCCCCCCGUGCCAAAAUUUCAGUCCAUCGAAAGGGAGAAAAUAGAGAAAACAUAAGAAAGGUCCAGCGCAGGCUCACCAUGGCUAUGCCAGCUGCCAGACCUCUUAUGGGCUGCCCCAGCUUCCAUCCCGUGCCUGGGCAGUGGAAGCCUGCCAAUCACGGCGGCUCUUGUGCCUUGCUGUCCUACUGCCAGUAUUUAAAGCAGCUCUCUUCAGAAGGGGAGGGACUGGAGUUUGAGGUUCCCAUGCCAGUCAAGAGGAAUGCUUUUCUCUAGCAACAAGAACCUUCUCUUCACCUCGCUGAAAUCCCAGAGUUCACUGAUCAACUUUCUUACCUGUAAUUACUUCAUGUUCAGGGGUAGAUGCUAUAGCCCCCUAACUCCAAUGACUUCCAGUUUUGUCAUUUAUUGUCUUUUUUUUGUAUAAAUGUUUGUACCCUAAGCUACAUUGAGUAUCCGGGAGAAGCAAAUGAGUGUAGAAUGUGUGUGUGUGUGUGUGUGUGUGUGUGUGUGUGUGUGUGUGUGUACAUGUGUGUGUGUGUGUGCUGAGUGUCAGGUCUAGACACUUCUCCGAGCAGAAAUUGAAUGCGGCUUCUGUUUCUGCUGCAGAUUCUCUUGUGAUCUGCAGGGGCAGGGGGAGACUGUGUUUGGGGGCCUGGCCUGACGUGGUCUUACCAUCACUGUGGCCCACAGUUCUGUCACCACAUGACACGGUUGCCCGAGGCCACAUGACUGUCGGCUUCAGACGUAUAUGAAAAAGAAAACCCGCUCAAUGAAUUCCAGACUUUGUCCACUACUGAAUGCCCACACCAACAUGGUGGCCGUGGGGCUACCGUGCCCAGCAUGUGUGGUGUGAACAGAGUACCAAUCUGGUGCCCGGGAUGAGAUCCCAAGUUGCCCACUAGUCCUUCACUGCACUGGGCCAAGCUGCACUGGUGUCAGGGUCAAGAGGUUCCAUGAGAAUUGGAAUCUCGAGGCAGCCUCCUUAGGGACACCAGACCCUUGGCGUGACUGCUGCCUGGCCCUCCGUGGCACAGGACAUGCUCAACACAUGGUGUCCAGUUAGGUGUUCAGAGGAGGCAGGUGCUGAGGGCAGAAUGAUCUGGACCUUGAAGGGUUCUGUGCCAAGGAAGAGAGGCUAAAAAGCCAGAGAUGAGGGCUUGGAUUAAGGCCGGGGGUGGUGGGGGUGGGAGUGGUGGAGGUGGUGGUGGUGGUGGUGGUGGUGGUGCGCUAUCCUGAUGCUGCGGCAGUGCUGAAGUCACUAUGUCUGUCCCACGGACAGGGACACCUCUAGCCUGGCACCUACUCCCGGAGGUGCUGGUGCAGAGGGUAUGGCUUUCGUCCCUCUUACUGUGUGGUGUGAUCCGGUGUGGGGAGGGUAGCUUUCCAGACGGGGUCCGGGGGUGGGGAGGGCACAAGUUGGGAGGUAGCUGGCCCCUGCAGUCUUUCUCCCAUCCUACUUAAUUCUUAGGAGCUUGCCACUGUCUGGCACGACUAGGUCAGAAAAGAAUAUGGUUGGAGGCUGGCUGGGUGGUGAGGGCUUUGGCCGCUCUUGUCCCAGAAACACCGCAUUGGGCCCUUUAGAUACACAGGGGUGGGGCUUUUUCCCAGGCUGUCCGACUCACUGCCAGACUUGCUGCUCUUAGCCUAGGGCUCAGUCCUACCUGGUUGUGUAUCUAUAGGGCUCCUGCUGGGAAGAGGAGACAGGGGAGGGUCUCUUUGUAUGGACCCUGGAGAGAGCAUGCCCCUGUCCUGUUAGAAAAACCCUAGAGACCUCUGCACUCUCCUGCUCAUCCUGCUGCCUCAGAGACUUAUCUCCCUGCUGUCCCACUCCAUGUCUUUUUUUAUAGACUCUUCCCUUCCCUCCCAUGACCAGCUCACAGGACAAGUAUAUGAGGCUGGAACCUUUGAUGGAGCCUUGCAGACCGGGGUGAGGUGGAGUGGGGGGAGGGGUAGUAGCAUUGAAGCUGUCUUUCUCCCUGGAUCCCACCGGCUUCCACCAGCUUCACCUUCCUUCUCUCAUUCCCCAACUCUACACAGACCCUCUAGAUCGCCAGGACUCUGGGUCAGUACCCCCUACUCUGUGCAUCCCUACCCUCUGGAAGGUAGAUGGGGUCUUGCCACACAGGAGAGAGAGGUGCCUAAAUGUCCCUCAGACACCGUGGGUGGUUUGUUUUUUUUUCUUUUCUUUUACCACGUAGCUCAGUGUCCUGCCCCACCCCCAUCAGUGUAAACCUAUCAUCCCAGGUCCCACCCACUGGCUCCUUUGGGCUCUUUCCCUCCCACUAGUUAGCCUAAGACAUGGCUCUAAAUUGAAUUCCUUGGGUGCGGUGGGAGGUUGAGGGGUGGUAAGUCUCAGACCGAGAAGACGUUCUGGGCUCAUGGCAGCUCUCAGGGUACUAGGCUCCUGGGAUAGCUUCCAAGUUACUUUUCUUGGAAGUUCAGUCCUGACUCUGAUCCUGACACCCCCCCCCCCUCUCAGCCUUUCUGUGAGCCCUCAAUAAAGCUUUUUGUGCUGAAAACUGCU